AUGCCAUUUUAGCUUUUUUUAAAAAAGAUUUCGACCUAAAAACGAUAUAUAAUAAAUGCUUCGUAGCCUUUUCCAGAAAUCAAUCCUAUUGCCAUGCUUGAUUAAAGGACAGAAUUCCUUUGUUAAGCCAAGGAAAUUUUUUAUUAGUAAAUAUUCCACUCAUGUUUUGACUGAUGAAGAAUUUGAUGAAAAAUAUAUAAGUUAUUUUAGCAAACCUAAUAUUGACAACUGGGAAAUAAGACAUGGAAUCAAUGAUAUCAUUCACUCAGAUGUAAUACCAGAACCAAAAGUAUUAAUAGCUAUACUUAAAGCAUGUAGAAGAUUAAACGAUUAUGCUCUAACUACUAGAAUUUUAGAAGCAGUCAAAUACAAAUGUGGCAGAAAAGUGGAUGAAAUUUAUUUGUAUCUAAUACAAGAAAUAAGACCCACAAUUGAUGAAUUAGGAAUUAGUACACCAGAAGAAUUAGGAUUUGAUAAACCUGAGUUUCUAGUGGAAGAGCCUCAAUAUCAAUAAAAUUGUAUUAAUAUAUCUUUUUUUGCUUGAUUUGUAGUUAUGAUUUAUACAUUAAUAUAAUUUAUUAAACUUACUACUGGAUUA